UUUGAAAUUAUACAUUCAAAGAGCGAAGAAAAAAGGCUAUCCUGUUCGUGGCGAACACACAAUUAAAAUUUUCUCUAAUAAUAAAAGUAGGGAAAAGUAGUCCCGAGUCCGUAAAAAUUGUGUUUGAUUCGCUUCACGCAAUCCUGAUCGUCCGUUCAGGUGAAAAGUGUGUAAAAGUGUCAAAAAGUCGUGUAGAAAUUUGUUAUUUUCGCUCGCGAAAAAUUUCAAGCCGAAUCGCAAGUCGGAAGAAAGAAAGGAGAAAUACACGCGAACGGGAUACAUUUUUGCCUGGAAAAUCGGGAAAAGGCAUGCGAGGCGUGCUGUUGUGCAAGUAAAAGAGCAUUUGUGAGAGUAAUCCGGGAGUUCCUGGAAAAGUUUGUAAUACGAAAUCCAAGCGAAAAGGGAAACGCGGCAUUGCGGCCGUGAAGCAAGUCAUCGGAGUCGGAGCUGAGAUCGGAUUCUGUGGCAGACACUCGGCCGACAUCGAAGAAGCGCAGCAAAUCACGGGAAAGUGAAUUACAGACGGUGGCCAGGGAAGGAUUCCGAUCGCUUCCAACAGGAGGAGCGCAGCAGACCCGCUGACUGGGAGGAAAAUCCGUUUUUUGAGUGAGUGGCGGCGUGUUGCAAGCGCAGCGAGCGAGCAGCAGGCAGCGGUCGAGCGAGCGGCAGCAGCGGUGCGGAGUAGUGGUCGCCGCGGGAGUACCGAGCAAAAAGUGGAAAGGGAAAGUCGAAGCACGACCCUACAGUGUUCAAUACCCUAAAAAUAUAAAUCUUCAAAAUUCUCGCGCUACCGUUAAUCUCCCCGAUAAAAUCCUACAAAAGGGUGUUUCUACCUACUGAAGGAUUCAUUAAGCAAGAAAAACUGUCAAGUAAAGUGCUUAAUAGACCGCCUGGGAGGACUUUUUACAGGAAAAUAAAGCUUACAUUACAUAAUUGUCAAUUGUCACAAGUAGUGAAUAACAAAAGGAUAACUCGAAAGGCAGCUGUUGACGAUCGUCGUGAGCCUCAAUCAGGGGCGUUUACGCUGAUGACGAUUCACUGGCAGCAUGAGCACACUGGGGGGAAGUAAGGGAGAGCGCCAAGCAAAGCAGAAGUAUGCAGCGUUGGACAUAAAUCGGUUAUACAAAAGCAGCCGUGGCGAAUCUCUCGAACCUUCAACACAAAAAAAUCAGGUACCCCGUAAACAUGGAAUGCAAAUUUUGGGAAAAGUACCGACCUCUAGGCGACCACCAGCUAAUCUUCCAUCCUUGAAGGCUGAAACACAAACUCCGGGAAACUCGGCACAGGACCAAGGUGGAAAUCAAGUUGGUGGCUCAAAUAGUGGAUCAUCGGUACAAUCAGGAAACAACGUUAAUUCGUCGGCAGUGAACAACAUUUCCAUUAGUAACUCACAAUCACUAUCAACGUCGUCAUCAUCGCAACUACAAACUACCCAGUCGUUGAAUUCUUCCUCUUUGUCUGCGAACUCUUCGGGUACGCAUCUUUCAUCAUACUCAUCAAAUUCAUCAAAUUUCGGCGGAAACAAUUCUUCGUCAGUAACAUGGUCGUCGGUGACAACAGGACACGACGGAGGAGGUUCAUCGUCCCUACCACCUCUGUAUCAGAGCCCACAAUUUCAACACGAAUUCCCAUCAUUGGAUGGGAGCAGCCCAAAUCCACCUUCACACAAAUCGCACCACAAAGAUUCUCAUUGUUAUGGAGGGAAAGAUGGCAGUGGAGGAGGAGGUGGAGCGGGGGCCGGCAAUUCGGGCAAUACACAAGGAGGCAAGGGAGGAGACAGCCAAAAUUCUGGCAGUGGGGAUGUGCAACAAGUAAGUUUAAGGCCACACACCGAUGCUGCAAGCUGGAUACAGCAACAAAGUGGAAGUGGGAAAGGUGGAGAUUCACAUGGAACCCAACAGGGCCAGGCCCACCUACAGUCAGCGCCGCCUCAAUUCCGUGCCCUGAUGCCGUCGUUCAUGAAUCGCGGAGCUAGUGCGAUUUCACCGGAACAGACGACACCAGGCAGCGGACCACGCCCCGUCACGCCACCCGUACUUACGAGCAGUGCGGGUGCGGGUGGAGGCGGAGGCGAUAGAGGAGGACCCGGACAGAGCAGCGCAUCGGGCCAUCAUCAGCAGAACGGGACGUAUCCGCCACCAUCGAACAGGUAUAGAUCAUCCCCUGCGCCUUCAGGGCCUGUUGGCGUUGGACCGAAAGAACAGCGAUCAAAUUCACCAAAUCUAGGUCCCUAUCAAGGUGCUAAUUCGGCACAAUCUCAAGAUGAUAGAUAUUCUGGAAGGGCGCCACUGCCAAAACGUGGACCAUCCUCGGCAUCGGCGCCCCGGUUCAAUCAACGUUCAGAGCAAGCAAGCUCCGGUUCAGAUAAUUUAGUUCCGUACAUUGAACCCGAAGAUGUUUUGGUUCAGAGGCCCAUUAUCAAGGAGGAAGAUUUAGAACGCAUGGAUUCCAUUGCAAAAGAUGAUGGCUGGACUCGCCAAGAUGAUAUCGAUUACAACCAGAAACUUGUAUUCUCAGACGACGAAUCGGCUGAUUCACCUAAUUCAGAGAAACCGGGUGGCACCGGUCGUGGAGAAGGUAACAAGAAAGGUGGAAACUUGAAGCAACAGCAAGAAGAAGAUAAUCGUGCAGUAUGGACUCGAGAACGUGAGCAUAUGGAGCGGAUGGAGCGCGAACAUUUGGAACGUGAAAGGAACGAACGAAAUGAACGAGACCAUCGCUUUAUGGAUGGUAAUAGAGAGAAAAUGGACAGAGAACGUGAUCGUGAGCGAGAUCGUGACUGGGAUCGCGAUAGGGAAAGGGACCGCGAUAGAGAACGGGAUCGUGAACGUGGUUCGGACAGAGAAAGGGAUCGUGACAGCAUGAGCGACAACAGGAGUAGUUCAUCGACUAGAAAAACGAGCAUUGAACAGCAAAGGCCCCAACAAAAUGGGCAUCGCGGUGGCUUGGAGCCAGCCGUCUAUGAACGUGUGAAGCAACGCAAGGAGGAGGAAGAAAAACGGGAAUACGAGAGGAAACAAGCGGCGGCGAAAAAGUUGCAGGAGCUCGAAAUGAAGAUAGGUGUGAAGAAAACCGAGGAAGAAGGCGCUGGAGAGGAGACAACAAAAAGCGCCACUGUAGAGGAAGAUUAUCCAAAUCGAGGUCGUCCGUAUCGCAAUGAAAAGGAAGGUCAAGGUCGUGACAGUCGUGAAAGUCGAGAUUAUGGUCGUUACGAAAAGUACGAGAGGGACAUGAAUCAGCGAGAGCGUGAUCCGGGCUACAAAGACGGAUAUGCUAGUGGUGGAGCGCCAGGGUUAAAUCGAGGGGCAGGACCAAAAGGUGGAACUCAAUUCUCAGUACAUUUCCAGUCGAAUCUACCGCCGAGAUUCCUGCGUCAGCAGCAGCAGCAAGAACGAAUGUCAAAUCAAGUUCCUGCACAAUCUAACAGCUCAAGUGGAGGAGGAUCUAGUAAUAGAAUAAUCACUGCCAAUCAUCAGCCGCCUUCGCGGGGUUAUGAUCAUAGUUCUGAGGCUAAUCAGAAAUCUGUUCCGUUUGCACAACAGUAUGAUCCUCGAUAUAUCCACUCACAGAAUUACAAACAACAACAGCAGCAACCACAGGUGCUUCGUCGUAAUCCGUCAGAUGAGAUGAUGUCGAAUAGGCGUAAUAUAAACGAUUAUAACAUGAGUUCCUCUGGAGGGCCACCGUCUCGUCGACGUGGCGAUUCCGAGGAUGAUGAUCGCUUCAGCAGCAGCGGCAGAGAAUCCAUAAGCCGAAAUUCAAUUGGAGAACAACAAGCUCAACCCUCUCGCAGCGGUGGCGGCAAUGUGACUCCGCAACUAGCUAGAAGUAUUUCGGACUCAUCGCAACGCAAAACAAGUGUCUCCUCGAACGAUGAGCAAAAGCUGAGCGAAAGUUUCCAGUCGCAAAGAUCUGAUUCGCGAGAAUUCGCAACUGUGGGCUCAUGGGCAGAAGAAAGUGAUGUUGAGUUGCAGCAUCAUAGGGAAAGUAUUUCGUCUGUUGACCAUCACCCGACACAUUCUCGAUAUGAUAGUGGAUCGCAAAAGGAGGAGGAGCAACUUCAACCCAAGCAUAUUUUACAACGGCCACAAACAAGAAGUAUUUCGGAAAGCAGCAACAAAAGAGAUGAUUUGAAAUGUGACACGGAAAUCGCCAAGAGAGAAGAAGCUGGGGCUGCGAAUAAGUCUCGUGAACCGCCGACCCCCACGCAAAUUCUUCGUCGCUCUGAAAGUCCGAAGUCUUGGUCAGAAUGUUCUGCAAACGUUAAUGAAAAGGCUGAAUCAAAAAUAGAUACGCUUACAAAAGAGACUUGCACAGCAACAACAGGACAACAUUCAGAUGAUGGAAAGAAUAAUAGUUUGGACGAUAAAAAGACUGAACCGAUUUUAGACACUAAUAAAGAAAAGAGUCCUGCUCUUGUUGAUGAGUCGCGAAGUAAGGAGUCGGAUGCAGCGAGCUCAGCCAAUAGGAAGGAAUCAAGCGAUGAGAAAACGGAGGAUGGGUCUGCUAAAACUCACCUGGGUGGACAGAAACGACCAAGUCCCCGAGGUGGUGGUAGUGGAGGCGGCCGAGAUUCACGUGGACCGCCAUCGCGAAGCUAUGGAAUGUAUCGUGGCGGUGGUGGAUGGGGACGACGUGGGGGUGGCAACAUGAGAAUGGGUGAUCGGAGGAACUAUAAUAGUCACUUGAGCGAAUCUGAGAACUCGGAGGAAUUGGAUGAUGAUUAUCAUGGUGGACAUCGAAUGGAGAGAAGCCCUAAGUUUCCACGGAAAGAUUCAUCAGGUAAGCAAGAAUUAGGCGGUGGGCCGAGAGGAAGUGGUAACAGCGGAGCGCCAAUGUCGAAGGACGGAUUCGCUCCGAGAGGUGAACCAUCUCGUCGUGGUCGUGGAGGCAGUAGUUCUGGAAGUAGUACAUAUCGCCGCGGUGGUGGUGGCGGUAUGUCAAGCGGUCCAAAAAGAAGCGAGUCAUAUAAUCAACCAAGUUCAAAAUCGGGAUUCAGCAGUGGUAACGUUGGGCCGAAUCAGCUAACGAGCGACACAAAGGACCUUGAAAAGAAUGCAGCUGUGAAACAGCAGGAGCAGCUUGAUGACAAGGCGAAACAAAGUCAGUCGAACCAAAACGCAUCGAUUAAAAAAUCAGGUGAUAGCUCUGAUGAGUCUAAGAAUAAGAACAAAGCACAAACUUACCAAUCGUCUGGACGGAGAGAUGAGAAGAAGGCGUCGCCUCCGAAAUCGUUUGGAAACUCGCAUUAUCAAUCGCAACCGCUACCACCGCGUCGAGAGACGAACAGUAGCAGUUCUCUGUCUAAAGUUGAUUCGCCACCUUCCAAUAAAGUUGAAGAUGACGAAGGAAAGAAAGAUGUGCCGCAUCAAUCGAGUGAUUGCGGAACUAAAACGAUGAAGGAAAAGGAAUUCGCUCAGCGAAGUAACAGUUCGACUCAUAUUAAUACUGGUCGGGGCCCGCAUCCUAAAAAAGAUGAGAGAAACAUGCAAAAACCUGCACCAUUGAAACAGUCACCACCUGCCAUUGGAGGUGGUGGCUUCAAGCAGCAAUCCAAUUCGAAUUUGAAUCAAGCAGGGCAGCAGCAAUCGCAACAUGGGAAGGAGCAAUCUUUGAGUAAAAGCAAAUCCUGUGGAGAUGCUCGCGAUAACCGUGAUCCUCGCGACCCUCGUAAUGCUCCGAAAACAAACUUACCGCCCCGACUAGCCAAGCAGUGGGAAAGUCGCGGUAGCAACACUACGGGAAAACGUGAUGGUAACCAAAGCGAUAACAGUUCAGGCAGUCAACAAAAUUCUGGAAAUAUGAGCUCGAAUAGUGCUUGGGAAAAACCUUUACCACAAUCACAAGGACAAGACAAAAAUAUCCUUGAAGCAGACACUUCAGCAGGACAACAACAACCUGGUCUAACUGAUGGUAAAGGGAAUGUGAAAGCUGAUUCAAAGCCGGUUUUGGAUGGUUCUACAACCCCCGUAAAUACUAUAAUUUUCGAAAAUACAAACUACAAAACGGUCACGGCUCCGGUAAAGAGACAGUCGUCAAAUCAAAAUCUUCAACAGAUGCAUCAAAAUGAGCAGAAGAAACAAGAAGAGGUUUAUAAAUCACAGUCAGCAAGCUCAGUGCAAGAAGAACAACAGAACAGGGGCCACCCACAACAGCACCAGGUGCAACAACAAGUGCAAGGUGCGCAGCAGAUGCAGCAACUAGCGCAACAGCAACAAAUGCAUCAACAUCAGCACCAGCAGCAAGCUAGCCAACAACAGCAGCAGCAACAGCAAGAAGCCAUCACCAAUGCUCUAUCUCAGAUGUCCUUCAACAAGCCAGAAAGUGAUUAUGACAAAGAUAUGAAGUUGGGAUUCGCUUUCGAUACAGAAUUUGGGCACCUAACUGAUGAGAAAAAUGCCGCCGCGGCAGCUUCAAAAGCUUCAAGCCUGGGUCUUCCACGCUCCUCCUCCGUUAUUCAUUCCGUAGUGAAUUCCACAUCGCAUAACACAAUAUCCCCUUCUACUGUGGAUCUCAACAUGAAAAUUGCCAGCGUGAAAAAAGUAUGGGAGACGAUUCCAUCAAUGCCUCCAGUUCUGGAGCACACUUCGACUGUUGUGGCUCCGGGGCAAGAUACAGAUACUCAUCUGGCAUCGAACUUUGUUCAGUCACAACACCAACAGCACAUGCAUCAUUUCGCUACAUCUGGAGCAGCUGCGGCACUCCAUGCUGCCACGCACGCAGCAGGAAACAUGCACGUACAGCACACGCUCUCGUCACCCGGCCCUCCACCCUAUGCAAAUACAUUUGACCCGAAUCUAGAGCAACACUUUGGCGGAAAGGACAGUGGUGGAGUAGUAGUUGGCAAUGUUUCUGGAAAUGCAAAUGAACCGGAAACUGGAGGGUAUAGUCCAAGCCCUCAACACGUUAGUCAACAACAGCAGCAACAGCAACAACAGAACCAGAACAAUGUUCAAAAUAUGUCUUUGAAACAUGCAGUAGAAGGGAACGUUUGCAAAGUAAAACCAAACCAGCAGCAACUUCAUCAAACCGGUCUUGGUUUGUCACCGCCUCCUACAAUACAACAGGGAACAACUCAAAUGCAUCAAGCUCCCCAAACGUUCUACCAACCCUCGCAGUUCGGUGCUAUGCCAACGAUUCCUAGCCCACCAGCUGUGUUGUUCAAUUCGUCUCCUAUGCCGUCGCAGGGAGGUCUCUACGGUCCAUUCCAAAUAGAAGCUGGUCGUUCGCAAUUCUCUCAAUUCCCAGCACAUUAUGGAACAGCGGGGAGUGGUCCAUACAGUGCUUACAUGCAAACGCCCCCGAAUAUGCCAACAGCUCCCGGACCAGAUAUGUAUCCUAGCCUAACGUCGCAAUUCCGAAUGGGCGGAACUGUUCAGACGCCGUUCAAUCAAUCACAACAAUUGAAUAAUCCUAACACUGUUUUAAUCUCAUCAAGUUCGAAUUCGCUAAUGUCAGCGUCUGUGAAACCAUCGUCCCAACAAAUUGGAGCAAUUGGAUCGAAGAGUAACGCAGCAGCUGUGGCGGCAGCGGCCGCCUCCGUCGGUCAACCGUACGGACAACAAUACAUGAAUUUGUAUCCUCCACAGCAAGCACCACCUCAACUACAAUCGAAUAGUUACUACACAAAUUCCGCUGGCGGACAAGGUGCUGCAUUUUUCGGAGGUCCACAAGCAACUGGUGCUACUCAAAGUUAUGGCUUACAGGCGGCUGGAAUAUUCGGUGGUCACGGUGCUCCGCCUGGCCCAUCGAAUGCUCCACCUCAACAACAAAUCGCCAAUUUUAGUUCACAGUUUAUCAAUUCACCACUGUUGGCCGCUACAGCGAUCAAUCAAUUUCGUGGAGGACCAAAUCCACAAAAUCCUGCUUAUAUGAAAUCAGGCCAGAAUCAAAAUCAUAUGCAGGAUUCGAUGGGACGACAACUGAAGAGUCCCUUGAACACAGACGUUAGCUUGAAUCUUGCGAAACAGGUGCAACCACAGCAGAGUCCACCUCAUCAUAAGAAUUACGCUCCAUCGUGGGAACAGAUUGCGCAACAACAACAGCAGCAACAACAGUCACAAAAUCAACAGAAUCGGAAUUCCGGUCCGAAUAAUUUGAAUAGCGGAAGACCAGGGCCAGGCGCGCAAAGAUAUCCCACUCCCAUCCAGAGACCAACUAACUAUCCACCUCAUCAACAAGCACUGCAACUAUCUCAACAACAAAGGCCGGGCAGACAGGGUCAUUCGGGAGGACCCGGAGGUGGCUCUAUGAAUAAGCAUUACUACAAUAACAGUGGAGCUAAUCGAGGUGGGCACUCUUCAAAUCCCAACGACCACAAUAUCAAGUCAGCUAACGAGAAAAACAUUGAAGGGAGCGCAGGAAAUCAACAGGAGAUGAGUAUAAAAGAUGAAGGUGGAAACGUCGAAUGAAAAUCAAUGAAAUUAGUUCAAAACAACCACGUCAACAACAAUAAAUACUACAGUAAACAAAUGGUCAUGAAACAGACUUUCAACAAGGGAAAGUUUAAAAAUGUGUUUAAUUAAAAGUAAGCUAGAAACCACUAAAGGUAUUUUUUCUCUGAAUAAUGAAGCAAUGUUUUAACGGAACAAGAAAAAAGAGCAAAGAGAUAAUUUCAUGAAAUCUGGAUUAAUACAUAUAUACUUAUAUAUAAUUAUUAAAUCGAAAAUCGCAGAUUAAUAAGCGAAUUAUAUGUAUAUUAUUAAUUCUACUACACUAUGGAAUAUAACGACGAAUGAUGUAGACAUCUUUUCGUAUUAUAUACUUAAUAUGAAAUUCAGAGCAGAUUAAAACGAAUCUAACGAGACGAAGAGCCAAUCGAUGCAUACAAGUUGAGCGUAGCGCGGAUUAGGAAAGCAUGGGCUCUUGUCAAGUUGAUACAUUGAAGCCGAAAAGGAAUCUUUCACUUUUCGAAAGCUACUCAGAAUAUUAAUCUAAAGACUAAACAAAUCAUUGGAAAGUGUUGCAAUACACCGAGACGGAAACAGAAAAAGAUACGUAUUCAACUAUGCAAAAAAGAAACUAAAAUUAAAAAGAUGAAACGCGUUUGAAGGAAGUAAUGCGUCAUAUGCGGAUAUUAAACUGAAAACGGGCAGUCCUGACGGUCUUACAUUAGCAAACUCGUUUCGUUCCGAAUGUAUUCUACCGAGUUAAGUGAAAACGCCAGGAAAAUACAUUGAAGCACUUGCACAUUUUAUAUGCUAUUAUUAUAUUCAUUUUCUUUUAUUAAUAUUUAUUACAUUUAGUGAAAAUUAAGGAGAACUUAGAAGUCUUGAACUAAAAAAAGAAAAUACUGUACAUAAUGCACGUGAAAACAAGGCUAAAAUCAUACGAUUGUGAACUUUUUCUCUUAGUUUACUGUUAAAAUACGUUUUGUCUAGUUCAUUUGAAAACGAGCUAUAUUCCUAUGCCUUACAUAGUUAUAUACCACUCCUCUCGCACAUACCCCUUAAUAGCUAACAGAAAAUUUUAUUGUUUAUUCAAAAUAACAUUAUAUAAAUAUGUUAGAAAAAAAGUUUAUAAGCGGAUACAUUAUCUUUGAUUUACCUAGUUUAAAACGGGAGAACGAAUUGUUUUCUGUUCGGAAAAAGAUAUUUAUAUUACAUUCACAUUGAGCGCUCUUAUUUUUAUUUAUAGAAAAAAGGCUGCUUUCCUGAUGCCUUUUUCUUUUCCACAUGUUGCCCUCCUUCGGAAGAUGAAUUUAUUUAUUUUGUGUUUAGUUCUCGGAAGCUUCUAGCGUUAAACUGAUUUGAAUUCACAAUAGCAUGCAGAUGUACACGAACAUAGUGGAUGAAAUUAAAUGAUAGCAGUGUAUAUGAUAUAAAGCGAAUAGGGAGUAGCGGGAAAGACAUAGAAUAUGUGUCGGCAAAUAUUAUAGAAUGCAUAGAAAAUAAAACGGCAGACUAUACAGAACUUUAUUAAAAAGAAAAAUAAAAAUUAAAUGAUUAUAUUUCAAAUUAUAUAAGUGAAAAUAUCAAUAAGUAAGAAAAGAAUACAGAUUGAGUUUUUUCUGGUUCGAAACAUGACAUUUAUCUUUCUUUUUUAUAAAUGCAGAAAAUAAAUUCUGAAUAGCCAAUUU